AUGGGUUCUCACUCGACGUCGCCCAGUAAGAGCCGUCAAGUCGAUCCCUGCAGGACGGCUUCCGCAACUGAAGACUUCUGCGCCGCCGGUUUGCCGUCGCAGACCUCACCGUCGCAGUCCGCUAGCGAAGACGCGUUUUCUGCCUCUGGUUUUCCGAGUUCCCUCUCUUUUUCGCGUUCUUCGUCUCCGCAGUCUGCGCCCUCCGCUGCCUCCCCGGAGCUUUCGUUUGAAAGAAGCGAGCGUUUGUCAGUUUGCGAAGAGAGCGAAAACGACGCAGCUUGCCAGCGCCCUGUCUCGCUGCUGCCGCGGUGGAAAGUGCACUCGAAAAAAAGCGAUUUCUCUCCCAGAAGUGUUGCGACCGGGGAAAGGCAAAGUCCCGUCGUCUCAUCUUCGCUGGACGCAGAAGACGGUUCUUUGUCAGGAACGACCCAUGCUCCAAAGAGAGAACUGUCUCCACAGCGGAGGCGCUUGGAAGCGAAAAGAAGAGCAGAGGAAGAACAUGCACAGGUCGGAGAGCUCCUGGAGUCGUAUCCGAAAAGAGGAGGCGUAGUUGCAGAUGCGUUUCUGAAUGAGGGGGAACGUGCAGAGAGAGAAGCGCCUCUGCAGUGCGUCGCCGCGGAACUGCUGCCCUCUGCUAGACCUCGCGAGCAUGCAACGCCACACCCCAAAACCAUCGCGUCAGCAGAUCCCGGGACUCUGCGAAGAACUCGUCGCUCUUCCACCUUCCCUCCCUCCGUGUGCAGCUCUGUCUCCGGCGUCUCCUGCAGGAACGAAGACGCAUCGGUGCCCGCGACAGGCGCACCAGUGAACAGCCGCGCCUUUCAAGGCCUCCAGCAGGCGAAGCAGAAGCGUAAAGAUCGUUCCCUACCCCGGCCUCGAGUCUUCUGUGGCGCCUGGAGGCCGCUGUCGCCUGAGGGCUCUCUGCUUCCUCCCGCAGCCCUGUCUGCCGCUUCCGCUGCUCCGGAUCCCGGACCCGCUCCGACGGCGAGACGGCGCUUCAGCCUGGCAGUCAGCUCAUCCGAAAACUCCCCCAUUUUCUGGAGAAGAGUCGGGAGAGAUGAAGAAGGCGGUUUUCGCGAAGCAGACGUCCUGGGACGACUCCUGAAUCCACGCACACUGUCCUCCUUCUUCCUCCCUGUCGAGUCCGGUGAGUCUCGGAGCGCCAGCGAGCGCGGUGCAUGCAGCUCCGUGUCGGGCAUCAGCUCCGCGUUCCUCAGUCCCGAGCGCCCGCGGCCGGGAGGCGACAGAGGAGACUGCGGCGACAGAAAGGCGGCAGCGAACGAUGAAGGCGCAGACGACUCCGCAAGUCCUCUAGGCGCUGCUCACGAUGCACACGCGAGCAGGGCGCUUCGCCUGCAGUCCAGAGAAGAAGCGCGAAGGGAGAAACGAGGGGAAGACUCAGACGUGGAAAGGGUGAAAGAACCUCUUUUCUUGCAGGAACGCUUCGCUGACCGUGCAGAGGCGAAGGGGAAUAACAGCAAGCGGCGACACGAGAGAGACCCGUCGACUGAGGCUGUGGGGAGAAGAAGAAAGACCUCGAGGUGCUUCGUCUCUCCAGAGGCUCUGCGGGCGGAACUGGAGGAUGCCCUUGAUCGAGAGAAACAAGGAAGCGAAAGAAGAAGCAGCGAGGGCACUCGAGGUAACGCGGAAAGAGAAGGCCCCUGGGAGGCAAGUGUCGCUUCGCUUCCCGCUCUUCCAGAGGAGAACCUGGUACGCGGUGUGCAGCCAAAGUCCCCACAAGGCGCAGAGGAGACAAUGGAGGCAGUGGGGGAACGCGCGAGGGGCGUGGAGGGCGACGGAGACACCGGGGAGACUGUGUUCAGAUCUGUGGGGGCGACACGAGAGAGCCACAAAAAUUCCGAGCGCAGCGGAGAAUUCAUUUUUUGCAAAAGGUCGAAUCUCGCGAGGUCCGAUACCCACGCAGGUCCCGCGCAACAAGACUCGCCUCCAGGUCGCCUGCGCAUGCAUGCAAAGGCCCUGGAGGAAAAUGCUUCCGGCGACGCUUCCAAACAUACAAACGAACUCUCCUCGCCUCCCCUAGACGGCCUGUGUGUACACCAACGAGAACAUCAAGACAAAGAACACCCGUCAGAAACAGGAGCCUCUUCUUCCUCCUCUUCUUCUUCCUCUUCUUCCUCCUCUUCUUCUUCCUCUUCUUCCUCCUCUUCUUCUUCCUCUUCUUCCUCCUCUUCUUCUUCCUCUUCUGUCCGUCCUGCUUUGUCCUGGGUAGACCACCUGCGCAACGCACUGCGGCAGACGUCUUUCCUGCAUCAGUUUGGGGGACAGUCGCCAUCGGUGGAAACGGAAGACGAAGAAGAAGUCGAGGACGACCUCAACGACGGAGAGCUGUUGCUCCUGCAGGGUGUUCACAUCUCGCGCGUGCAUGCAGAGGUUCUCCAGCGAGCUCCACAUGGAGGAGAGCCGCCCAACGUGCUUGCGGCGCUCGAGCCGAACGGCGAGUCAAGUGUUUCUCUUUCUUCCUUCUUCCUGAGCAGCCCAGGCGCAGAAGAGACCCCAGGGCGCCCUGCAGAGCCGUCGGGAUCUCCCUCCCUGCAUGAAGAAAAGAGUAGUGGAAGCGAAGGAAGCGAAAGACGCGGAGAAAAGCGAGGAGAGAAAGAAGGGCAGGAGGAUGCGUCCGUUGUAUUCGUACCGAGAAAUCCACUUGCGAAACUCAAAGCUGCGCCGCGGGUCCCAGAACUGCCGCUCCACGGUCUGGUUAUCUUCGAUGCGGACAACGCAUGCAGAUCUUUUUCUCGAGGAUGCACGUCGACGACAGCCGAGAAAUCUCGCCAGAGAGUCUCCUCCGCAUCCGCACCUGUGGCGCGCCGACUGACAACCGAAGAGCGAGAGGAGAAAGACACAGACUCGAGAAGAGAACGGAUCGAGCGAGGAGAACGAGACGAGCGAGGAGAACGAGACGAACGAGGAGAACGAGAUGAACGAGGAGAGCGAGACGAAAGAGGAGAACGAGACGAACGAGGAGAGCGAGACGAACGAGGAGAGAGAGACGAAAGAGGACAUGGGGAAAGAGAUGAGAGGCGAGACAGAAGUCUGUUGGGGAGGGACAACUGGGCUGAAGCAGUGAGAGAAGAAACAGGUGAGCGCCAUGAGGCGAGUUUAAGAGAGUCCCUGGCAGAGAAAGAAGAGGGCGCAGUCGCUGCAGACGCGUUUUUGGAGGGUCACCCAGAAGAGCGCGCGGAAGGCAAGAAAGAAGGCAAAGAGAAAGAACGAAGAAGAAUCGGCAACCUUGCAGAAGUUCGGAGGGUCGCGUUGCCGCGACGCAGCAAUGUCGGCGUCGAGGCGCCGCCCCGAGGCUCUUCCACUUCGGAGGAGCGCGAGGGAUUGCAUGCAGAGAAGAAAGACAGUUCUUUUUUUUCGGCAUCUGGAAAGAAGGAGGAGGCGCGCACACACAGAGAAGCGAAAACAGAAAAAGAAGAAGACGCGUGGGGAGGCGAAGCGCGCAAAGAAACGAACACAGGCGGUGACACGUCGCCUGUUUCCUCGCGCUCCAGCCAAACUGCUCAGUGUCCCCUUUCGUACCUCUCUUCUUCCUCUUCUCCUUCCUCUUCAUCCUCUUCUCCUUCCUCCUCGUCUUCCUCUGCCUCCUCGUCUUCCUCUGCCUCCUCUUCUUCCUCUGCCUCCUCUUCUUCCUCUCCGCAACAUCGCAAGAAGCGUGACUCUGCGUCGGGAGGACCCGGGGGGAUGGCGAGUGCCUCUCGAAGCUGGGCGCAUGCACAGUACAGGGAUUUCCAGGAGAAACUCGGGACUUCGUCCCUCCGGCUUUUGAAACCGAAAGCGUCGAAGGGAGACCGCGAGAAGGAGAAACGCAGCCGCGAAGAGAAAAGUCGAGGAGAAGAGAGUCAAGGGAGAAGCGAGAAAGGCGGAGAGGCGAAGAGGGAAGAGUUGCAGGGGCAAGGGAAGGAGGAGUCUCAGGGAGCUUCAACCUCGUGGUGGUCGGACUUGCAGAGAUCCGUGACAGAAUUCUUCGGCCCUGUCGCCCUUGGAGAAAAAGCGAAAACUGCAGAGAAAGGCGGCAUUUGUCGAGCAGAAGGAAACGAGAAAGGAAAACUUUCGACUGAAGUGGCUGCACCGUUCCCCCUCCUCCGAUCGCCUCUCGGCUUCUCCUUCAGUCCCGCGGGGCUCCUCGGUCCUUAUCACCUUGGCGUAUUGUCUCUCCUUUGCGAGGCGAAUGUGAUUAACCAGUACACUCCCGUCGCCGGUGCCUCCGCUGGCGGUUUAGCUGCGGCUGCAGUCGGCCUGAACUUGUCUGCCGCGACGGUGAUGUCGAGCGUGGAGCACGUCUGUCGGGAUCUCAUCGACCGCGGAACUGCUCAUCGGCUCGGGAAGCGUCUGAGGAAAGAACUAAACAAAUUAAUCCCGGAGGACUGCGCAGAAAUCAUCGCAAAGCGACCUGGACGUGUCACCGUCACUUACACCCACGUCUUUCCGUACAUGCAGGGCGAAUUCGUCUCUUCGUUUUUGGGGAAGAGCGACAUGAUCGAUUGCCUCAUUGCGAGCUGCAACAUCCCUUUCUACCUCACCAAGUGGCCGACGGUGACCUGUCGCGGUAGGCAGUGCGUCGACGGCUUCUUCGCUACAAAACACAAAGCUUUCGGCUGUCCAGACAGCGGCGCCCUCAGAGACAUCAAGGUGGUUCCAUUUUACGCGUCGACGAUUCGCGUGUCUGCGGCGCCUCAAGAUUGCAUAAAUCCAGACCUGCAACUUCAGGACGCGCAGAUUGUUCACUAUCUCCGUGCAAAAGCUCUUUUGCGAGCUCGAGCACGGCUGUUUCGAGAACAGAUGGCCAAGAAAAAUCCCCAGACAGAGUCCGAGUCGUCAAAGGCUCUGCAGUCUUCGCCGGCGCACGCAGCUCCGAGGCCCGACGCUUCUCGGGUGCCGCUCCCGGCUGUAUGUCCACUCCACGGCGCGGGGCGCAUCGGCUUGCUCGAUCGGAGCGAGGAAGAAAAGGAAGAAACUGUGCAUGCGUCUCACAGAAGCGGAUCUGCUUCGCCGAAAGGCAGAUGCGUUGGCAAGCAACCUGCGUUUCUCCCCAGUUCAGUUCCCCACUCAGACCCUGGACCGUCUCCUGUCGCCUCCCCCAAAACAGCAACCUCUCUUGCUCUCGCCUGCCACCAUGCGGCAUCUUCUUCUUCCUCUUCUUCGUCCGCUUCUCGGGCGUCUCAGCAGGGGUCUUCUUUGGGAGCCUCUUGGUCCUUGGUGAGUCGUGUGAAUCGAUCUCCUCGUUCGAGCGUCUCUGCGUUUCCAGCUGCUGCGAAGCUUGCCGAGCGUCGCGGGAGAUGCGCUUUCGACUCGAUUUACGCAUGUCCAGUCUGCAGUCCGUUAGGCGAGGUCUGUCCGCCUCACCACUUCGCGUACUACUUCCAUGACCCGCGUCUGCGGAGCUUCGGCACCGGAGUGAUCACCACGAGUGCAGCGCUCGCGGAUCCUGAGAACGUCGCCUCUCUCGCGAGCCUCUCCAGCAAGAGCCGCGGGCAGUCGAAAAAGGGCAGCAGCGCGUCCGCGAGCCACGCAGACACCGCGAAAAGCGCGUCUGGAAACGUCGAGGAAAACCGUUCGCAGGCCGGCGGGGCGGCUGCCCAGGAACUCAGGAGAGAGAAAGUGGAUGAGAAGCUGGAGGGGAACUUCGAGGGAAUCUGGGAUGAAAAAGUGCAGGAGAAUCUGGACUUCUUGGGAGACAGCUUCUUGGGGGAACAGAAAGAAGAGAGCAGGAAGCAGAGCGGCGCCGAAGCCGAGCGAGGAAGUGCGUUGCAACUCGGCUUCCAGGACGGAGGGGAGAGCAGAGAAAAGAAGAAGCAAAGAAGUUGGCCGCCCGAAGGAGCGGGUCUGAGAGGCGAGCAAAGAGCAGAGCGAGGAGAUCCUUUGAAGAUAAUGGCGGAAGCUGCAACUGUCUCGGGGGCGGUGAAGACGGCGCGAGAAGAUGCUGCAGAGAAAUCUGCCAGGAGCGCAGACAGCAGCGAAGCCCAGAAAGAAGAACCCGUCUUCGCGGACGUCUUCUCCACGUUCGCCGACCACUUGUACAGAGCCCAAGAAGAAGAAGAGGCGCAAGAGAAAGGCGACGCAUCCCAAGACAAGGUCGACAACGAAAGAAGAGAGGAAGGAGACCAAGACGCCGAGAAAGGAAGAGGGAAAGGAGGAACUGAUUCGUCCUCUGCGUCGGCAGUGGACGGGGCACAAGCGAAGACCGUGACGCAGUCUCUGUCGACUGCGGUAGGUGUCGGCAGUGAAGAGAGAACUGGAGUCUUCCUGGACAGAAGCACGGCGCGACAGAGGAGACGCGUGCGAGAGUGUCGCGACAGAGGAUGUCUCUGCAUGCGAGAAGGAUGUGGAUGUUCCACGCUGCCGCCACUCCUUCGUCUCUGCUGCAGCACUCAAGAGCUCCUGCAAAUUGCGCUGGAGGCGAGCCCGCAGGAGACUCUCAGAGAACUGUUCGAUGUCGGUCGAGCCGACGCGUUUCGGUGGCUAGUCCUCGAGUACAUUCGCUGCGAGGAUCGUCUCAUUGAACAGGCAAUGGCGGCGGAGAAGGCAGCCCGCGAACUUGAAGAAGGAAAACCUUCUUCCCCUCCCCCUUCUUCCUCCUCUGCUGCUCGCGCACCGGCGAAGCGUUCUUUGAUGGCGAAUCGGUUGCGCGAGCGAUGGGAUUCUGUCAGUUCCAGCUGGGGCGGCAGUGCGAGUUCGACAACCUCUGUGGAUUCUCUCGUUUCUUCUUCCUCUUCCCUUUUUGCCAAACACAUGUUCUCGUUGGGCGAAGCUCUGCUGGGCGGCGACCGAGACGCCGCAGGCGCAGAUCCCGCGGCUGAGCAGCUCAAAGAAAAGACGGAGGGGCAGCUAGCUGAGACGCCAGGGCAGGCAGUUGGUGAAGCGGGUUCCGCGAAGAGAGAGCGAUCUGAAGAUGCAAGACAUGAAACGGCAGCAGUCCCGGCGGCAGCGUUGAAGGAGGGAGGAGGAGAGGCAUGUGGCGGUGGAGGGUCUGUUUCAGCGUCUGCAGUCUUUCUGGCGAGUCAGAACGAAGCGGAGAAGCACGAGAGAGAAGCGACGGCGCUGCGAGUGGCAGAGGACAACGCUGCGGUGUAUGGACACGGGAGUGUGUCGGGAAUCGUUUCAGCUCAGGCCGAAGAAAACGAUUUUCUGUCGCUCGUCGAUGAGUCUGUGCGUCGCAGCAAAUCGGGUCCUCCUACCCCUGGUCUUGCGCCAUCUCUCCAGAGUUGCCAGGAGACAGGCAAGUCUCAGAGAGUGGAGACCGAGACGGGCGAGAGUGACGACUCGGCGCUUCUCCAUCAUAACGCAGGAGGUCUCUCCGGAGGCAGCAGUCCGCAUGCAAUGCUGGCGAUGCUGGACAAGUGCCCGCUGGAGAUGCAGUACUCCCAUAUUUACACCCACUCACACUCUUGGAACGGAGACGGCUCUCGAUGCAUGCAACCGGCAGCUCACGUGCAGCCCGUCGCGCUGACGCGUCGCGCGUCGCGACGAAACAGUGCACACGACAAAGACAGACACAACGAAGGAGACACAGAAAAACACACCGAAAAAGACAAACACCACGGAAGAGAGAAACACCGUGAAAAAGACAAGCACCAAGAGAGAGAAAAAUACCACGAAAGAGAGAAGCACAACGGCAUUCGCCUCCACACAUUGUCGAGGUCGCUUUCGGGCGCAGGGAACGUUAUGCCUGCGCCAGAGCAGGAAUCCAUUUCGAGUCAUCACGUGCAUGCACCAAUUUGA